CCGCCGAGCCGCCAGCCAUGCCUGGGAUCGUGGUGUUCCGGCGGCGCUGGUCUGUGGGCAGCGAUGACCUCGUCCUGCCAGCCAUCUUCCUCUUCCUCCUGCACACAACCUGGUUCGUGAUCCUGUCUGUGGUGCUCUUCGGCCUGGUCUACAACCCGCACGAGGCCUGCUCGCUGAACCUGGUGGACCACGGCCGGGGCUAUCUGGGCAUCCUGCUGAGCUGCAUGAUCGCCGAGAUGGCCAUCAUCUGGCUGAGCAUGCGCGGCGGCAUCCUCUACACGGAGCCGCGCGACUCCAUGCAGUACGUGCUCUACGUGCGCCUGGCCAUCCUGGUGAUCGAGUUCAUCUACGCCAUCGUGGGCAUCGUCUGGCUCACCCAGUACUACACCUCCUGCAAUGACCUCACUGCCAAGAACGUCACCCUCGGGAUGGUCGUCUGCAACUGGGUGGUCAUCCUCAGCGUCUGCAUCACCGUCCUCUGCGUCUUCGACCCCACGGGCCGCACGUUCGUCAAGCUGAGAGCCACCAAGAGGAGGCAGCGCAACCUGCGGACAUACAACCUCCGGCACCGCCUAGAGGAGGGCCAGGCCACCAGCUGGUCUCGCAGGCUCAAGGUGUUUCUCUGCUGCACACGGACCAAGGAUUCCCAAUCAGAUGCCUACUCAGAAAUCGCCUACCUCUUUGCGGAGUUCUUCCGGGACCUGGACAUUGUGCCCUCGGACAUUAUCGCCGGCCUGGUGCUGCUGCGGCAGAGGCAACGAGCCAAGCGCAAUGCCGUGCUGGACGAGGCCAACAACGACAUCCUGGCCUUCCUGUCGGGGAUGCCGGUGACCAGGAACACCAAGUACCUUGACCUGAAGAACUCGCAAGAGAUGCUCCGCUACAAGGAGGUCUGCUACUACAUGCUCUUCGCCCUGGCCGCCUACGGCUGGCCCAUGUACCUGAUGCGGAAGCCGGCCUGCGGCCUCUGCCAGCUGGCCCGCUCCUGCUCGUGCUGCCUGUGCCCUGCCAGGCCCCGGUUCGCCCCCGGCGUGACCAUUGAGGAGGAUAACUGCUGUGGCUGCAAUGCCAUCGCCAUCCGUCGCCACUUCCUGGAUGAGAAUAUGACCGCCGUGGACAUCGUCUACACCUCCUGCCAUGACGCGGUCUAUGAGACCCCCUUCUACGUGGCAGUGGACCACGACAAGAAGAAGGUGGUGAUCAGCAUUCGGGGAACCCUGUCCCCCAAGGACGCCCUGACGGACCUAACGGGUGAUGCCGAGCGCCUCCCUGUGGAGGGGCAUCAUGGGACCUGGCUGGGCCACAAGGGCAUGGUCCUCUCGGCCGAGUACAUCAAGAAGAAGCUGGAGCAGGAGAUGGUGCUGUCUCAGGCCUUCGGGAGGGACCUGGGUCGAGGGACCAAACACUACGGCCUGAUUGUGGUGGGCCACUCCCUGGGCGCGGGGACCGCCGCCAUCCUCUCCUUCCUCCUGCGCCCCCAGUACCCGACACUCAAGUGCUUUGCCUACUCCCCACCAGGGGGCCUGCUGAGCGAGGAUGCCAUGGAAUACUCCAAGGGGUUCGUGACCGCUGUCGUCCUGGGCAAGGACCUCGUCCCCAGGAUCGGCCUCUCCCAGCUGGAGGGCUUCCGCAGACAGCUCCUGGACGUCCUGCAGCGCAGCACCAAGCCCAAGUGGCGAAUCAUCGUGGGGGCUACCAAGUGUAUCCCCAAGUCGGAGCUGCCCGAGGAGGCAGAGGUGACCACCCUGGCCAGCACGCGGCUCUGGACACACCCGAGUGACCUGACCAUCGCCCUGUCGGCCAGCACCCCACUCUACCCCCCUGGCCGCAUCAUCCACGUGGUCCACAACCACCCUGCCGAGCAGUGCUGCUGCUGUGAGCAGGAGGAGCCCACGUACUUUGCCAUCUGGGGUGACAACAAGGCCUUCAACGAGGUCAUCAUCUCGCCGGCCAUGCUGCACGAACACCUGCCCUACGUGGUCAUGGAGGGGCUCAACAAGGUCCUGGAGAACUACAAUAAGGGCAAAACGGCCCUGCUGUCCGCGGCCAAGGUCAUGGUGAGCCCCACGGAGGUGGACCUGACGCCCGAGCUCAUCUUCCAGCAGCAGCCACUGCCCACAGGGCCGCCCCUGCCGGCUGGCCUGGCCCUGGACCUCCCACCCGCAGACCGGCGCAACAGCAGUGUCCGCUCUUCCGGGGAGCUCACGGACCUGACACCCACCGGCCCCCUCAGCAGCCAGGAGUGCCUGGCGCCAGACAAGACCCGGACUGCCACCCCCACCAGCCGUGGAGCCAGCCCAGCCAAGCAGGAAGACCUGGCCAUCUCGGCCCACUAG